CACACCACUCAGUCUCUCUGAAGAAGCAUGGCGGAGGAAGAGGAGGCCUGCAGACCCACAUGGAGCAGGCAGAUAGAGUUCACUCUGGCUGGGAUCGGCUGCGCUGUGGGCUUGGGGAAUAUCUGGAGGUUCCCGUACCUGUGCUACAGGAGCGGUGGAGGUGCGUUUCUGGUGCCUUACCUGCUGAUGCUGGUGGUGCUGGGGAUCCCGCUGCUGCACAUGGAGCUGACGCUGGGCCAGUAUCUGAGGAGGGGCCCCGUCCUGGCCCUGACCAAAGCCUGUCCCCUGCUGAAAGGUGUUGGCAUGGCAACGGUGGCCAUCUCUUUCAUCAUGUGCACAUACUAUAAUGUCAUUAUCACAUGGGCGCUGUACUACAUGUUCAGCUCUUUUCGGAGCGAGCUGCUCUGGGAAAACUGCAACAACACAUGGAACACGGCCAACUGCACCGACCGUGUGACCAACAGCUCCUCGUCCUCCACCGCCAGCCAGCAGUUCUUCAAUUAUAAGGUGCUGGAGAGGACCAGUGGUGUGGAGGAGACGGGCAGCUUGAGGUGGGAGCUCUUCCUCCUGCUGCUGCUGGCCUGGAUCCUCGUCUAUCUCUGCAUCUUUCAAGGAGUCAAAUCCACUGGGAAGGUGGUUUACUUCACAGCUCUGUUUCCAUACGUGAUUCUUCUGGCUCUGCUGAUCAAUAACGUGCAGCUGCCGGGAGCCAUAGACGGCAUCCGAUUCUUCAUCAUACCCGAGUGGGACAAGCUGCUCAAUGUGGAGGUAUGGAUUAAUGCAGCAGCUCAAAUCUUUAACUCCAUUGGGAUUGGCUUCGGCUCGCUGAUGGCGAUGGCCAGCUACAACUCCUACAACAACAACAUCCUCAAAGAUACUCUGGCCAUUUCCAUCACAAAUUCCGUGACUAGUAUUUUCGCCGGAUUUGUCAUUUUUUCCGCAUUCGGCUACAUGUCGCACCUUCAGAAUGUGCCGGUCAGUGAAAUCGCAGUGGACGGUCCGGGUCUAGUGUUUGUGGUUUACCCACAAGCCUUUGCGACGAUGCCCGUUGCUCCUCUGUGGGCCUUUCUCUUCUUUUUCAUGCUACUCUGCCUCGGCCUGGACAGUCAGUUUGCCAUGGUCGAGGUGAUGGUGACCAGUCUGUUGGACAGCUACAGUAAACCCAUACUCAAGUACCUCAAACGCAAGGAGUUUCUUGUGCUUGUAGUCUGUGGUGCGGCCUUCCUGCUGGGCAUCCCUAAUGUCAUGCAGGUGGGGAUCUAUGUGUUCCAGCUGAUGGAUCAUUAUACAGCUAUAGUGUCCAUCAUGUUCCUGGCGUUUUUUGAGGUGGUUGCUGUUUGUUGGCUUUACGGUGUAAAGCGUCUGUCCAGUAAUUUACUGGAGAUGACAGGAAAGAGACCCAGCAUUUUCUUCAGGGUCUGCUGGUGGGUCAUUUGUCCUGUUUUGAUAACCGUUAUCCUGGUGUUCUCGGUGAUUCAGUUUAAACCAGCGCGGUAUGAGGAUUACAUUUACCCGCCGUGGGCUCAGGGUGUCGGAUGGCUCAUCGCUUUGGCCUCCAUCAUCUGGAUUCCUCUAGCAGCCGUGCACACGCUCUGGCUUCUGCCCGGAUCCUUCACUGAGAGACUAAAAAAGUCCAUCACACCGUUUUCUCUGGACGAGGACUCCGAGAGCCCGUAUUACCAGCAGAAAGGAGCCAUUCUGGAGGUGAUUCCCAACAUCGCCGUCAUCAGCUCCAUCGUACCUCUUUCUGACAAACCACCAAUCCAGACCAACUUAUGAACUGGACUACAACAGGCCUAAACCAGACUGAGACACGUCUAAGGAUCAUUUCCUGGAUCAAUGGAGAUCUGUUUGAAAUAUUGUUUCAAGUACUUCUCUAUAGGAUCUGUUCUGUGACUUUGGGGUUUAAGACUUUAAUAUCUAUAAUUUGACAAAUUAUUCAAGAUACCCCUGGAAAAAAACAAGGACUUUUACAGUUUACUGUAUGAUGCAUUGCAGAACAUAGGGUUUUAUGUUGAUAUCAAUAAAACUAAAGAUUGUUAACCUCAGUCAAAGACACAAAAAAAGAGCAGUCAUUUCUUGUGCCCAUCAUGUUUUUAUUCUCAUUAGCAGGUGUUUGGUUUAACCUUUAUGGGCGUGAUGAUUGAACGACAGUCCAACAUGAGAUAAAACCCUCGCUCAGGCAGGGUCCAUGCAGUGAACUUCACCCUCAAUGCGUUCAACGACUGGCCCCUUUGCUCUCCUUUACAGCAGGAGCUCCUUACAUUGUACAUCUUCAGUUUGUUAAGCAUUAAAAGCUGACAUUCAUGCGAAUUCAGAAUUAAUUCAUGCUAAAAAUAUACAAACCAAAUACUGUUAACAUUGGUAAUAGUUCAUGUGGAUUUAUACAUGAUAUCAGGUACAUUUCAGAAUACCUUCAGAUUAAGAUUUUGUUCUUUGUUCCCAACCUGCUGUAAAUUUAUGGCUAAGAUCCCAAUUCAAGUGGGCGAGACAUGCACAUUCACCGUAAAACCAAAAGAAAUAAGAACAUUAAGCCUCUUAUUAGGAGCAUAAUGAUUUUUCAUUGUGGCAUUAUUUUAAUCACAAUUAAGCACA